AUGAUCAUCGAUCAUCAAUCAAAGUGUCUUCAUUUUCCAUGUGCCUUUUUUUUUUUGUGCAGGCAAGAAGCACUGCUGGCUGCCAUUAGCGAGAAAGACGCCAACAUUGCCCUGCUGGAGCUCUCCUCAUCCAAAAAGAAGAAAACCCAGGAAGAGGUGGCAACUCUGAAGCGGGAGAAGGACAGCCUGGUCCAGCAGCUCAAACAGCAGACACAGAACAGGAUGAAGCUAAUGGCCGACAACUACGAGGACGACCAUCUGAAGGUGGCAUCUCCAAACUCGGAGCAGGCCAACAACCACAAACCCUCCCCAGAUCAGAUUAUCUCUCCUCUCCUGGAUCUCAAUCAGAAUCGCAAUAAACUGAAGCUGUACAUCAGUCACCUGACCUCACUGUGUCAAGAGCGAGACCCAAUCAUAUUGCAGGACUUUGCCCCGCCCCCUGCUUAUCACCGCUCUGACUCCGCCUCUUGGCAUACGCAGCUGCACAGCAUGACGCAUGAACAGGUAAGAACAUGGGAGUACAUCUGGGGUCCGACCAACAGGGAGAAAAAUAAAAUGUAA